GUUGAACAUUUUGCUCGUGACUGUCUAGUUGAAAAGAAAACAUAUCUCCAAAAUCAAAAUAGACGAAAUGUCAAUUAUGUUAAAUAUGACAAUGACAGUGACGAUGAAUGUGAAGUCUAUGAAGCUAUACAAAACAAACCUAAUAACCGAACUACCCCUCUACGCAAACCAGGAAGACCAAAGAAUCCUGUACUCCAAAAAGCUAUGCCCGUUAUCAAUAAUCAACAGCCUGAGAUCUUG